AUGACCCGGGAAUGGAAGCCUACGAUAUUAUCGCCUAUCGAAAGGAUCGUUGUCAAUGAGCCCGAGGCCCUGCGGCAGUGGAGAACCAAGAAUUAUCGGAAUACCGAAGAGGAACAGGCAGACAAAAGGCUGAAGUCUCUGGUGCUCUACAGCCCCGAGCUUUAUGGCAAACUGGCAUGGGCACAAUCGUUGGGGGGCGAUAAAGUCUACCAAAAUGGCCCCGGAGACCCUCUCUACCAUAAUAAGAUGACGCAUGAUGCCGACUGCAUUGUCUUCCAACAUCUGGCAGGUGCUAAAGAGCUCCUCGACCUCCACAUGCACUGGAUAUGCGUGCAAGGAGCAUUUGAUGCUGAGAAGGAUGCCGAGAUGGAUGCCACGGACGAGGGGGUAUAUAUCUCGCUACGGCAACGCCCGAGCAUCUUUCUCAUGACUGACGACCCCCGGGACGAUUGCGGAGAGGAUAGAGACUUGCUUGAGUACCUCUUUGAUUUUAUUCCGGUGUCUACGCCACUAUGUGUGUAUGACAGCGAGCCUUCCACGCCGCCGGAGAGGCAGGAUGAGCAGGACGAGAGGUGGGAGGAUAUCAUGAGCCGGGUGCAUCUAUUCAGACAUGUAGACGAUGAACCAGUGCAGAUAGGGGGCAUCUGUCGUCCAUCACAUUCGAGAGAUACUGUAUUCUGGCGCAGUGCAUUGGAGGUGCACAUCACCACAUCAUCCAUAGAGGCCUGA